AAUCGAUCUGUCGUUCUGUGAUGGUUGUUCAGCUGUGCCCGAGCUCCUUCGUUUCCAUGAAGACUCGAAGGGGUGGAUUCCGAUCUUUCAUCUAUGUCGACAGCGUCGCUUGAACAUUGCGAUACUUGCCCAAAAUGCCGUCCGCCCGCCGUGCUGUCAAGAAAAAACGACAAUCUCAGACCACUCAAAAUGCCGUGCCAAAACCGCCCAAUCUGGGUGGCCGUAUAAUGUGGCUGCCCAAACUUAACGAGUUGAAGACACCGAGCGGACUUCCAGACGCCUGCCAUGAUCACCCAGUCAUCCUACUAUCCCCAAAACUGCUGCCUAACAAUGAGGUCGUUGUCUUGAUGGUGACCUCCUUUGGCGGCAGGGACCUACAAACCCGGCACCGGCAUAACUACGAAAGAUGGAUGCGGGCACACUACCUCCCCAUCGACCCAUCGCCCGCUCAUCCCGACGAACCAGACAAGAACGUGGUGCUGAAACUUGGCGGUGGUGCGGUUCUGAGAAAGAACUCGUGGGUAAACACGGAGACGCAGUAUCGGGUGGUCUUCUCCCUAUUGAGAAACUAUGACAGCAGGUCGGGGAAGCUCUUCGUGCUUAUGCCGGAGUCUUAUGGGAAGUUAAAGGAUUUUGUUGGGUUUAGGGAUAAUGAGAUCAUCGCUGGGCCGUCUGGGACAUCGGAACCGGGAGCCACACCGGCAGUAACACAGACAGCCACGCCCCCAUUGACUCCCGAACUCAGACCGGUAGUCGUUCCAGAACCAGUACCGGAGCCGGCGACCCAGCUACCGGAAGUUGUCGAGCCGGCAAUGACACACGACUCGGACUCGGACACCACCAUUGUCGCAGAGGAUUAUUGGGAUGCCGAUAGAAGACGCCGCCGGGAGCAACUCCUCAACCAGCAGUCUGCCAUGCAGACCUACCGUCCUGUACCUCCACCGAAUGUGCCUGUAGCCCCGAGCAGGUCAAGCACUGUUCAGGCCCUUCGACAAGUCAACAACGAGCGAUCAUCCCUCCUCCAUUCACAGACCCAAGCGACAGCACCCAAUCCGCCAUCAAAAUCGCAAGUACCGAUUCCAGCAACCAGAACAGGAUACGGAACCGUAUCAUCAUCAUCCCGUUCCGCCUCAUCAACUCGCACCCCAAGAUCACAUGGGCAGGUUCGCUCCCAGUUCUUUGAGGCUCUAGAAAGAGACCAGGACUUACUCAUAGCCGCUGUAAGAGCCCGGGCUCGAGCCUGGGCCCGGGCUCGAGCCGCUGCCAAACUCAAACUCGCCAUCCUCAAACGAAAGAAACCCAGACGUACUUGGUUUUCUCAGUUGGGCUUCCCCUUUCGAGUUGACUUUAUCUUCUUCGGUGUUGCUUCCACGGAUGUGCGGAAUCGCGCUCGCGCUUAUGAUCGCGCUGUUGCGACUGCUCGUGCUCAGAUGAGACAAGGCGGAUAUGAAAGCAUGAUUACCGAGGCUGAAGUACGAGCUAUAGAGCGGGAGGUAAAUGCUGGACCGGCGUAUGAGUAUGCGCGUAUUGCUCCCUCCGGUAUAGACAGGGAGAGGGGAUGCGAUCUUGCUGGCGGCGGUCGUGUGGAGCGUGGUGAAUUUCAAGGCCGAUACAGCGGUAGUUGA